UACUGGCCUCUUCUCUGGUUUGUGAAGAGAAAAAUGGGUGCAAUGCUAAACCUUAUGCUCGUCGUCACUGUCAUUCUUGUCACAAUCUCAUCACCCACACAUGGAUACGAUCCUUUGGAUCCGUUCGGUAAAAUUAUUAUCAAAUGGGAUCUCCUUUUAUCAUCACCCGGCAGACACUCGGUACAAGUAACGGUAGAGAACAUGCAAGAGUACCGGCACGUGGAGAAACCAGGGUGGAAGCUGAGUUGGCAUUGGCUCAACAAAGAAGUCAUAUGGGACAUGAGAGGAGCUGAGACGACCGAGCAAGGCAAUUGCUCUGCCUUUGCCUCCAGCAGCAACCUCCCUCACUGCUGUCUCCACCGACCAACCAUUGUCGAUCUUCUCCCCGGAGCUCCUUACAAUCUCCAGGUCUCCAAUUGUUGCCGUGGAGGCGUCUUGACUUCCAUGUCUCAGGACCACGCCCAUCACGUCUCUUCUUUCACAAUGGACAUUGGGAGCUCUCCUGAUGACCCUGAAGAGUUCAACAUCCCUUAUAACUUCGAUAUAGGGGUCCCCGGUUAUAGCUGCGACAAUGCUACAUCCGUGUCCCCGACUAAGUUCAGCACAGACAAAGGCCGUCGCAAAACCCAAGCUCUAGCGACAUGGGAGGCAGUGUGCGUGUACUCGCAGUUUCGGUCAUCACAAUCUCCAAAGUGCUGCGUUUCACUCUCUUCCUUCUACUACCAAAACAUCGUUCCUUGUCCUACCUGUAGCUGUGGCUGCUCUAGUUCCCCUUGUGUCAAGAAAGGAGAGUUGCCGCCGUAUCUUGAACAGAAACAUGAUAUAGAGGAGGAAGUAUCGCCUGUUGUGACGUGUUCGAAUCAUAUGUGUCCUAUCCGCAUCCACUGGCAUGUGAAAGUGAACUACAGAGAGUAUUGGAGGGUAAAGAUCACGGCAACGAAUUUCAAUACAAUGAAGAAUUACUCUAAUUGGAACUUAGUGGUGCUUCAUCCAAACUUGAAAAGCGUCCAACAAGUCUUCAGCUUCAACUACAAAUCCUUGACACCAUAUCAAAACAGCAUCAAUGACACAGGGAUGUUUUGGGGAGUCCAGUUUUACAAUGAUGUUUUGCUUCAAGCAGGGAAGAUUGGGAAUGUGCAAACAGAGUUAUUGCUAAAGAAGGAUAUGGGAAAUUUCACUUUCAAAGAAGGUUGGGCAUUCCCAAGGAGAAUCUUGUUCAAUGGUGAUGAAUGUGUUAUGCCUUCUCCAGAUGACUAUCCAAGGCUGCCCAUUUCUGCUUCUGCUUCUUCGUCUUCUUCAUCUCCUGUCAUUAGCUUUCUUACAGUCGUCUUCUGCUUUCUCCUUCAACUUCUACUUCUUUGA